AUGAUGCCUGUCUUCCGACCCUCUCGCCGCGACGAAUUCGAGGUCGCAAUCAUUUGCGCGUUACGAAUCGAAUACGACGCCGUAUCCUACGCCAUCGACGAGUUCUGGGACGAGGAUGGCGAUCCGUAUGGGCGAGCUCCUGAUGAUCCGAAUACCUACACAACCGGCCGCAUCGGCAACUUCAAUGUCGUCCUUGCUCUAUUAUCGCGAAUGGGCAAGAUCAACGCCGCAAGCGCUGCAGCUUCCAUGGCCAUGAGCUACAGUGGCCUACGGAUGGCCCUUCUUGUCGGAGUCUGUGGCGGUGCGCCUCGCAAUAGGGAUGACGAAAUCUUGCUGGGGGACGUUGUCAUAAGUAGCAGCGUCAUCGAGUAUGACUUCGGUAGGCAGUAUCCGGACAACGUCGUACGGAAAGCUACUCUCCAAGAUAGCCAUGGCCGGCCAAACAAGGAGAUCCGCAACUUGCUGGCAACACUUGAGACCGACCGAGGGCUCAGCCUUCUUGAAAAACGCACUAUAUCUUUCCUCCAAAAGAUUCAGGUUAAAGUCUCCAAGACAAAGCAUCGGGGAAAGUAUGGUUACCCGGGAAAGUCAGAAGAUACGCUGUUUGAGGCAGCCCACCGCCACAAAUACCAUGUCUUGCCGAGCUGCGCUUGCGUCUCCUGUUUUAGUGACGCCGACCCCGUUUGUGAGGAGGCAAUCAACUCGCCGUGUGCGAAACUUGGAUGUAGUAACGGGCCUAUUGUUACUAGGGAACGACUACGGGCCAAGCAACGGGCAGAACAGGAGAGUGAAGCUACCGCCCAGCAUCCCACCGUGCACAUCGGGCUUGUCGUAUCGGGGGACAAGGUGAUCAAGUCUGCAGCAGAACGGGACAGGCUUUCCAAAGAAGAAGGCGUGAUUGCGUUCGAGAUGGAGGGCGCUGGCGUAUGGGACCAGCUCCCAUGCAUCAUAGUCAAGGGGGUUUGCGACUACGCUGAUAGUCACAAAAACGAAAGGUGGCAACCGUUUGCCGCUGCAACGGCAGCCUCCGCGGCCAAGGCUCUGCUAUCGCUCUGCAUCAAGACCGAUAGGCCAGGAGAUGCCUUCAGAGAGGUCAUCGGGCUCUUCUACCGCGUAGCUGCUUCGCAAGAUGAAGGGCGUGAUACGAAUAUUCUCGCCAUCAAACUCGACAUCGAGAAGUACAUUCUACUUCAAUGGGCCGAAACAGUCAAUCUUCUUCGAGAGAACUUCGACCCGCGCCUGAAAGACCCUGACGCCCAAGACUCCGUCACAACAGUGCUGGCCCGCAUUCGUGACCUUCUUGCAGAUACCUCACAGAUGGAACAAGUAAUGAUCGAUGAUCGAAGGGAGGCCAUCCCCGAUGCGCACCAGGAGACAUUUCAGUGGGCUCUGAAGCCUCCGCCCUGCGAACACCCUUGGGAUGACCUAUCUCACUGGCUCCGGGCUGGUACCGGUAUCUAUUGGAUAUCAGGAAAGGCUGGAAGCGGCAAGUCAACGCUCAUGAAGUACAUUUACUCCUCGGCCAUGACGAAAACUCUCCUGUCGGAAUGGGCUGGUGGUAGCCCAUGCGCAAUGGCCGACUUCUUCUUCUGGUGCGGUGGGACCACAGAGCAGAAAACCCAGUGUGGUCUUGUGCGAGCGCUUCUGUACAAAAUCCUAUCCUCUCACCCAAACCUCAUUCCUGACGCUCUGCCGACCAUGUGGAAGGAGGCAUAUGAUGGCGGGGACAAGAUAGCCUGUCCAUCCCCCGCCGAGGCGGAAAGGGCGUUCAGAGUCAUUUCAACCUCUUCUGAUAUCGGACGAUUCUGCUUAUUCAUCGACGGCCUGGAUGAGCAUCUCGGAAACUACCAGGACAGCAUCUCGUUGAUCAGCCGUCUCGCCGCCGGUCAGAACGUCAAGGUCAUAGUUUCCAGCAGGCCGAUUCCGGAUUGCGUCGCAGCUUUCAGGGGACUACCAUACCUUAACCUUCCAGACUUGACACGGCAGGACAUACAGACAUAUGUACAAGAGGUCAUUGGCCAAAAUCCAGAUAUGAAGAGUUUGUCUGAAGAAGACCCAUGCGGAUCAGAGCAGAUCAUAUCAGACCUCGUUGAGAAGUCUUCAGGCGUUUUCCUAUGGGUUAUUCUAGCAUGCUCUUGCGGCUAUGUUACGCAGAACAAGGGGCACGGGAGUGGACCGAAGUUGGUGGCAACUAUCCUUGGCCUCGCGUUAGUUGCCGACUAUGACCUCAAGCCACCUCCUAUUGAAGUUUGGUCAGAAGAGAAAAAGGUCAGCUUGUGUAAACGUCUCGAAGGCCUGCUGAGAAGCCAUUGCGGGGGCCUUCUCGAGAUUGUCAAACGACGCACCACUGACUUUAAGCCGAAGUUCUGCUUCUGUGGCCCCGAACAUGACGACUGGGUCAACAUGGAGGUGGGCUUUAUGCAUCGCACUGUGUUCGAGUUCCUCAGAGACGAGAGGGUGUGGAAACUCCACUGUCUCAGAUGA